GAAAGCAUUUCCGUUAAUAACAACCACAGACAAAUUCCUAUAACUACCUUUCUAAAUAUUAUCCCAACACAUUUUUAAGAUUGAGCUUUAUUGUAAUAACUUUGAUGCUCCUGUAAUCUAUACUCAUUUUGUUCACGGAUUCGGACUAGUAGAUCACACAUUAAUUACUACUGUGCUCUAGAUUUCGCCGGGAAAUUUUUAAGAUGUCAACGAAGGAGGCGGAGGCGCCGGAGGAGAUCAAGGUGUUGUUUGAUGAGUACUCGGAUGAUGGGAUCAUGACCGUUGAUCAUUUCCACAGAUUUCUCAUUGAGAUCCAAAAGCAACAAAAUGCUACUGUAGAAGAAGCAAAGAAUAUCUUUAAAGAAAUCCACGGUUUUAGUCUACAUGGCUUUUUCAAGUACCUUUUUGGUGAUUUUAACUCUCCUCUCGAUCUUAACCGUGGGGUGCACCAUGAUAUGACUGCUCCUCUGUCUCAUUAUUUCAUAUAUACUGGGCACAAUUCAUAUCUAACUGGGAAUCAACUUAGUAGUGAAAGCAGUGAUGCUCCCAUAAUAGAUGCCUUGAAGAGAGGUGUGAGAGUGAUCGAAUUGGAUAUAUGGCCUAAUUCCAAUAAAGACGGAGUGGAUGUUUUUCACGGGAGGACGCUGACGACUCCAGUGGAGCUUAUCAAAUGUCUGAGGUCUAUCAAGGAGCAUGCUUUCGUUGCAUCUGAUUAUCCAGUUGUUAUUACUCUAGAAGACCACCUUAACCCGGAUCUUCAGGCUAAAGUGGCUGAGAUGGUCACUCAAACUUUUGGAGAAAUCCUGUUUUCUCCUGGCUCAGUAUGCUUAACGGAAUUUCCUUCCCCGGAAUUGUUGAAGAAACGGAUUGUCAUAUCAACCAAACCACCAAAGGAAUACCUUGAUGACAAAGAAAUUAAGGAGAUGAAGAGUGAUCCAAAGAGUGAGAAGGCUGGCUGCAUUGGAGCUGACGACAAGAAUGAAUCAGAUGAAGAUAGUGAUGAUGAGGACGAUGAAGGAGAUAUUAAGUCAAAGCGACAUGUAGCCCCAGAGUAUAAACAUUUAAUUGCAAUUCAUGCUGGGAAGCCUAAAGGUGGACUAGAUGUAUGUCUGAAAGUGUAUCCUGAGAAAGUGAGGCGUCUUAGCUUAAGUGAGCAUCAACUUGAAGAGGCUGCAGAAACUCAUGGAAAAGAAAUUGUCAGGUUUACCCAGCGGAAUAUUCUCAGGGUGUACCCAAAGGGUACCCGUGUAGAUUCAUCCAACUAUAACCCACUAAUUGGGUGGAUGCAUGGAGCUCAAAUGGUUGCUUUUAACAUGCAGGGACAUGGAAGAUCACUUUGGCUGAUGCGUGGAAUGUUCAAAGCCAAUGGUGGGUGUGGUUAUGUGAAGAAACCAGAUUUUUUGUUGAAGUGUAGUCCACAUGGUGAGGUAUUUGAUCCUAGAGCUGAGUUGCCUGUGAAGACAACUUUGAAGGUGAAAGUAUAUAUGGGGGAUGGAUGGUACAAUGAUUUCCACGAGCCAGGUUUUGAUGUAUUUUCCGAACCAGAUUUUUACGUCAGGGUAGGGAUUGCUGGAGUCCCUGCAGAUACUGAAAUGAAGAAGACUGAAACAGUGGAUGACAAUUGGACACCCGUUUGGAAUGAGGAAUUUGAGUUUCCAUUAACUGUUCCAGAAUUAGCUCUUCUUCAGGUUGAAGUUAACGAGCACGACAUGUCGCAAAAGGAUGAUUUUGGAGGUCAAACGUGUCUACCAGUCUCCGAAUUACGAAGAGGAAUCCGAGCAGUUCCACUCCAUGACAGCGAGGGAGUGAAGUACAAUUCUGUAAAGCUGCUUAUGCAUUUCGAUUUUGUUUGAGAGUAUUAGCAGUUCUAUGCUUUAUAGGGUCUAUAAAUAAUGAUAUAGAUGUACAGAUUAUUGAAGCUAUUCUGACUUGUUUGAUGCUGCUGUGGAACUGGUGUCUGAAUAAGUGAUCCACAUAGCUAUGCAGCAUAUAUAAUAACAUCAACAUCUGCCCUGCUGUUUUCUGCAGUUUGUAAGUUGGAAAUAACAUGGUGCAGGCAACUGGCAGACAAACUUUUGUGGUUAAAAGUGAUUAUCAUACCAUGUAUUAUUGUAACAUAAAUUACAAGCUUCUGCUCUUUCUCAAUGAUAAUUAUUUUUCUUUUC